AUGACGAUAAUUCAUCAAGACCUCAAGCCGAGCAACAUCCUGCUAGACUCAGAGAUGAACCCAAAGAUAGCAGAUUUUGGAAUGGCAAGGAUCUUUGGAGGCAAUGAGCAACACGAGCGUACCAAACAUGUAGUUGGGACAUAUGGUUACAUGUCACCUGAAUAUGCGAUGGAGGGAAUCUUUUCAUUGAAGUCUGACACCUACAGCUUUGGUAUUUUCUUGCUGGAGAUUGUAAGUGGAUUAAAGAUCAGCUCACCUCAUCAUCUUGUAAUGGAUUUCCGGAAUCUCAUAGCAUAUGCAUGGAACCUAUGGAAAGAUGGAAAAGCAAUGGAUUUCAUGGAUGCAACACUCACGGAGAGCUACUCCCGUGAUGAAGUGUCAAAGUGCAUCCACAUUGGAUUGAUGUGUGUGCAUGAUAGCCCCAAUGCUAGGCCACACAUGCCAUCGGUUGUGUCCAUGUUGGAUAACGAAGCCAUGCCUCCCGCAAUGCCGAAGCAACCGAUGUAUUUUGCACAGAGAACGGUUGAAGGCUUGGAAAUGUCUACCAAUGGUGCUAGCCUUACAACGCUAGAUGGUCGCUGA